UGCAGUCAACGAUGAAAUUGGCGAAUGUGCCGGGAAAAUUGUGGGAGCACAAGAAGAAAUCAGCUUUUGCAGCUGUUUUGGCAUACUAUAUUGCUGGCAAGACUCUACGAUGGAAAAGGGAUUGCGACAUCAGAGCUGUUUAUGCGCAACAGGCGAAACGAUUUGGUGAUAUGCCACUGGCGGAAACGGAGCGUCUACGUCGAGUAACAGUGCUGGUGGAUGCGAAAAGUGGCAGCGCUUUCGAUUGCUUUAGCAAAAAUGCAUUGCCACUGCUACAUCUGGCUGGUUUGAAAGUCGAUUUGAUUCGGGCCACCGAUCGUUCUCAGUUCGAAGCAGUUGCUGGAAACAUUGAUACAACUGAAUGCGAUGCCCUGUACAUUGUUGGCGACGAUAGUGCACUUAGUGCUGCCUUAACAGCAAUUUACAGCAAAAAUGAUGCCGCAGCAGUGCCAAUUGGUGUUUUUCCGGGUGGCUCGGAAAAUAAAUCACUGGCGAAUUUGGUGCCAAAUGUCUUUGUUCUUCAAAAUGAUAUUCGUCCGUACUGUGAAAGUGCAAUGGCGUUGAUUGAGAACACUGUUCGACCUGUAUACCUCUCCAAAGUGAACAUUGAAAGUUUGGAUGCUAACGUUGCUGAGGAAACGAAGAAGCCGCUCUACGGCAUAGCAGGUUUACAUGCUGGUUGGUACGAUAGAGUGGAAAAGAACAAACUUAAACUGUGGUACUGGGGACAACUGAAACGAUGGGUAGCCUAUACGACCGCUACGAUUCGGUCCUUAAAGCAACAUCCAGCAUUGGAGCUUGAUAUGGUUUGUGAGGAGUAUUGUGCUGGUUGCUGUAAGUGCCGAAAGCCAUCUCCAUCAUCAGCGUCUUCGGGUGAAAAGGAUCAGUCGAAUUGGCGCUGGUGGCAUUAUCUCAUUGGUUCGCCCAGUCGUACCAACAUGGUAUUUUUUUCUGAUAAUUUCUAAAA